UCUACCCUAAAAUAAAAAUGGAGAAGAGUAAGAUUUCAAAAUCUCCAUCAAUGCCAUUAAAGACUCGCAUUUCUCUAGCCCUCUUAACCGGCGUCACCGACGCCGCCUGCCGCCGUGACGGAACCGUGAAUCGCGGCCUUAUAAAUUUCUUCAAACAAGUAUCUCCGGCCAAUAAAACGCCGGUCAACGGCGUCAAGACCGCCGACAUCACCGUCGAUCCAGAACGCAACCUUUGGUUCCGCGUUUUCAUCCCGACCGAUUCGACCACCGCCGCGUCACUUCCUGUGAUUGUUUUCUUCCACGGCGGCGGAUUUAUGUUUCUCAGUGCCGAUACUAAGCAUUACGACGCAGUUUGUCGCCGAUUUGCAAGGGAGAUUGGCGCGAUUGUUGUAUCUGUUAACUAUCGGCUAACACCGGAGAAUCCUUAUCCGGCUCAGUAUGAUGAUGGGUUUGAUGUACUUAAAUUCUUGGAUGAGGAGGAUGAGAAGAUUGAAAAUGCAGAUCUUUCACGUUGCUUCCUUGCCGGAGAUAGUGCCGGCGGUAAUAUUGCUCACCAUGUGGCCAAAAGAUUCAGUGAAAACAACUUUCAAAGACUAAAGGUGAUUGGAAUGAUAGCAAUACAACCAUUCUUUGGAGGAGAGGAGAGAUUAGAGUCUGAGUUGAGACUAUCUUUCAUUGUUAACAUCAAGAGAACCGAUUUCGUGUGGAAGGCCCUUCUACCCCACGAAGGAAGGGACCACGAGGUGAUCAAUGUGAGCGGUCCGAGGGCAGUUGACAUUUCGGCACUGUCUAAUUUUCCUCCGGUUAUGGUGGUUAUCGGAGGACUAGAUGGUCUGCAAGAUCGACAGCGAAACUAUUGCGAUUGGUUAAAGAAGAAUAACAAAGAGGUGAAGAUUUGCGAGUUUCCAACUAUGUUCCAUGCUUUCUACCUUUUUCCUGAAGUGCCCGAAUCAACUCAACUCAUUUCCAAUGUGAAGGAGUUUGUUAUUGAGCGGUUGUCAUCACAUGCUAAUAAUUAAAUUAUAUUUGAUUAUAUGUAACCAUCUCAUUCAUUUGGGUGAUAAUUAUGAUCAAACCAAACAUUUAUUUACUUUUGGAUAUGUUGUAAUGGAUUUUAAUUAUGUUGGAU